CCUAAUCAUCUGAUAAUUCAUCUUGAAUGUUUUACUUCGACGCGAAUCAACAUUAGACAAAAAGAACAGGAAAAAGUGCAAACCCUCGAGACAUAUGCAAUAAGAUGGACAAAAGUAAAAAAGAAUCUGCUUUGGAUUUCGAGGGCUGAAUGUCGUAUCAAUUAGUAUCAAAUAAAACAAAAUCUUAGUCUUCAAAUCUGAUUCCCUUCUCUCCGGAUACUACAAAACAACACUUGCAAAUAGAUACAAAACACUCAUUUUCAGAGACUAAAAAGCAGAACUUGCAUUAAUGGCGACGCUUAGAUUCAGAAGACCCCCUUCUGAGUUAGUCUUGACUCAUUCUUCAGCGACCUCCUUUUCUGAAAAUGCGCGUGCUAGUAUCUCCUUCUCCAGGUCUCGUCGUAGAAGUUUCUGCAAUUUUAAACGACGCCGGGGCGGUGUUUACUGCUCGUAUAUACCAACAGGCUCCACCAAGAUUAAGGUGGUCGGAGUCGGUGGAGGUGGCAACAAUGCCGUUAAUCGCAUGAUUGGCAGCGGCUUACAGGGAAUGGAUUUCUAUGCCAUAAACACAGAUGCCCAGACACUGUUGCAAUCUCUAGCAAAGAACCCUAUUCAGAUUGGAGAAGUUUUGACUCGUGGACUUGGUACUGGAGGCAGCCCACUUUUAGGGGAACAGGCUGCAGAGGAGUCAAAGGAAGCCAUUGCAAAUGCUCUAAAGGGAUCAGAUAUGGUGUUUAUAACAGCAGGUAUGGGAGGGGGUACGGGGUCUGGUGCUGCCCCUGUUGUUGCUCAAGUAGCAAAGGAUGCGGGGUACUUAACUGUUGGUGUUGUUACCUAUCCAUUCAGCUUUGAAGGGGGUAAAAGAUCUGUUCAGGCCCUUGAAGCAAUUGAAAAGCUCCAGAAAAACGUGGACGCACUUAUAAUUAUUCCAAAUGAUCGUCUCCUAGAUAUCGCUGAUGAACAUACUUCCCUUCGAAAUGCUUUCCUUCUAGCGGAUGAUGUGCUCCGUCAGGGUGUUCAAGGGAUAUCAGAUAUAAUCAAUAUACCAGGGUUGGUAAAUGUGGAUUUUGCAGAUGUCAGGGCAGUCAUUAAGGAUUCCGGUACUGCAAUCCUUGGAGUGGGUACUUCCUCUAGCAAGAACCGUGCUGAAGAAGCGGCUGAACAAGCAACUUUGGCUCCUCUAAUUGGCUCUUCAAUUCAGUCAGCUACUGCAGUUGUAUACAAUAUUACUGGAGGGAAGGAUAUAACUCUGCAAGAAGUGAAUAGGGUGUCUCAGGUUGUUACAAGUUUAGCAGAUCCUUCUGCCAAUAUUAUAUUUGGUGCCGUUGUGGAUGAGCAAUUCAACGGAGAAAUCCAUGUUACCCUUAUCGCAACUGGUUUUACUCAAUCAACUCAGAAGACUUUUCUGACCGACCCAAUGGGAGCAAAGCUAGCUGAUAAGAUUACAGGGAACCUAGACAGCAAGAAGCCUCCAGUCUCACUCAGUUCAUCAACAUCAUCUAGCCUCUUUUUCUAGCCGGUCUUUGUUUUUCCAUUCAUUCUUUUCUUCAUUCAUUAUUCCCAAGGGGUGAGGGGUCAUUUUCAUAUAGCUAUGAAGAUCUCUUACAUUAUCUGUUCAUCUGCAACUUCUUUCUCCCUUUCAGCUUGUGUAUGUCAACGUGAGAUCACAGCCAAAGGUAGGCCUCUUAGGAGCACAGCUAUCUUCACCGGGAAAAAGAUGUAAUAUUCCUUGUGCAUAAAUUUCAACCACCAUACCGAUGUGUUCUCUUUUCCUCGAAAAUAAGAAGGCUGCAAGGGUUUUGUACAAGGUACUGACUUAAAAUAAGCUUUCAGUUAUGUUGUGCAUGGAACCAGAAAAUUUUGCCUGUGCUUCCUCCUGCAACCAGGUCAAUAGAAAUGUCGAGUGAAGUGGGAUAGAACAAAGGAAGGAAGAAUGGCACUUCAUAAACACUCCACUUGUAAAUCGAUCUGAAAUUCUAUUCACCGGCAGUGGUAAAAAAUUUAAGUCUAAUCACAUAACUACUGUCAUCGCCCAAGAUUCUUAUAGUGAGGACAUUGUACCUUUACUUUAGACUGUCAAA